AUGAUGGAUGAUGAUACAGAAAUUGCUGUUGUUGGCAUUGGAUGCCAUUUCCCAGGAGGUGAGGGACUGGAAAACUUCUGGAGAGUCCUCCUUCAUGGAGAGAAUUGUGCAGUUCAGAUACCAAAUGAACGGUUCAAUCUCUCUCAGUGGUAUGAUCCAGAUGAGAGUAAGGCAGGAAAGACAUACACAGCAAAGGCAUCACUUAUUAAUGGUCUGAAUCAGUUUGACCACAAGUUCUUUGGAAUUACUGAUGCGGAAUCGAUCAAUAUGGACCCUCAGCACAAACUUUUGCUGCAGUGCACCUACAGAGCACUAGAGGACGCUGGGAUACCAAUGGAAAAGGCCAGUGGAACAAGAACAGGAGUAUUUUUGGGCCUAAUGAACAAAGACUUUGAGUUGGCAAGUGUAAGAACUAAUCCAAAAUACAUUGACCACUCUUAUGGUACUGGUGUAUCUAUGAGCAUAGCUGCCAACCGCAUCUCAUACAUAUUCAACUUCACUGGCCCCUCACUGACCAUUGAUUGUGCCUGCUCCUCAUCCCUUGUUGCCCUUCACUUCGCUUGUCAAGCCAUUAAACAAGGAGAUUGUGAUAUGGCCAUGUGUGGGGGUGUGAGCUGCAUCUUGGAGCCAACCAUUUUUGUGGGUCUUUCCAAGGCAAAAAUGAUCUCUUCUGAUGGCACCAGUAAGCCUUUCAGUAGCAAAGCCAAUGGAUAUGGAAGAGGUGAAGGCUGUGGGGUCAUUCUCUUAAAGCCUCUGAAAAAAGCUCUCAAAGACCAUGAUCACAUUUGGGGCAUCAUCAGCAAAACUGCAGUAAAUCAAGAUGGCCACACUGUUAGUCCAAUGACCAAACCAUCCAUGGUUCAGCAGGAAGAGCUGCUUAAAAAAAUCUACUCAACGGAGACUGACCUGACUAGUGUCCAGUACAUUGAAGCUCAUGGGACUGGGACUCCAGUUGGAGAUCCGAUAGAGGCAGGUAGUAUAUCAAAAGUUAUUGCCAAAGCAAGACCUCAUAAGUCAGGACCACUGAUUAUUGGUUCUGUUAAGAGUAAUAUUGGACACACAGAAUCUGCAGCAGGGGUUGCAGGGCUUAUAAAGGUUUUUUUGAUGAUGAAACAUGAAACCAUUGUGCCAUCUUUGUUCUACUCAAUGGAAAACUCCAGCAUAGAUGUUGAAUCUCUUAAUAUGAAGAUUCCCACCACAGCUGAAAAAUGGAUCAGUGACUACAAAUCAGGGAGGUCUGCAGGAAUCAAUAACUUUGGGUUUGGUGGAACAAAUGCACAUGCAGUUGUCAGACAAUAUGUACAGUCAAAAAUCCCCAGUGCUCAACUGACCAAAACACAUCAGUAUUUUGUAGUUUCUGCUGCCUCAGAAAAAUCCAUGAAAAAUGUAACUGAAGACACUGCAAAACAAAUUAUGGCAGGCAAAAUAACAGAUCUACAAUCUUUACUUUACACAUCUGCAUGUAGAAGAAGUCACUUGAAACAUAAAUACAGGAGGGUAUUUCAAACAUCAUCAUUGACAGAUCUGCAAGGGAAACUUACUGAUGCUUUAGAGAAAAAGCUUGUACCAUCAAAGACAGACUCCAAGCUAGUUUUUGUUUUUUGUGGCAAUGGUGUUACAUAUCAGGGUAUGUGCAAACAGCUCCUAAAACAAGAGCCAGUUUUCAGAGAGGAAAUCAGUAAGAUUGAAACACUUUUGCAAACCCAUAGAAGUUUGAAUCUGAUAGAGAUGUUGGAAACUGAAUCUGACAUAAGUAAAGAACUGUCUGAUCCACAGGUUGUCCAGCCUCUACUGUUUGCUAUUCAGGUUGCUGUUGUUAACCUUCUGAAACACUGGGGCAUCAGUCCUGAUGCUGUUUUUGGGCACUCUAUUGGAGAAGUCGCUGCAGCUCAUUGUUCUGGGUUGUUGUCACUUGAAGAUGCAGUGAAAGUCAUCCACUGCCGCAGUUCUUUGCAAAGUACUGUGACAGGAGGGAAGAUGCUGGUUGUCAGUAAUAUGUCUGUUUCUGAAGUCCUGAAAGUGCUUCCAACUUAUUCAGGAAAGGUUUGUUUAGCUGCUUACAACAGCCCUCAGUCUUGCACCCUCUCAGGAGAUGCAGAUGAUAUUGAAAGGUUGCAUCAGAAUUUGCACAUGUCAGCCAGUGGAAAGGAUCUCUUCCUUCGCACCUUGGAUGUACCUGCAGCAUACCAUAGUCACAGAAUGGAUCCCAUUGUAUCCAAAGUGAAAGACAGCAUAGGCUUUUUGCAGGCACAUGAUUUGGAGACAGAACUGUUCUCAACAGUUACUGGUGAACAUUUUUGUUCCUCAGACUUUAUUACUGGUGACUAUUGGGCAAGAAAUAUUAGGGAGCCGGUUAAAUUUGAGCAAGCUGUGAAGUCUGCAGCUAAAAACAAAAGGAAUGUGAUAUUUGUUGAAAUUGGCCCAAGAAGAUCUUUGCAGCGGUACAUCACUGAGACUCUGGGAAAUGGUGUCACUGUGCUUUCCUCACUGCAGGCAGAAAAAGAUCACAAGACAAUACUUGCUAUUGUUUCUAAAUUGUUUGAG